AUUUUAGAAUGGCCACAACCGCGACAGUGCAUGUUACUCCGGCUCAAUAUCGAAAGUAUGGUACAGAUGGCGAGUUACGGUUAUCGACUGGGUUCUUCCAGCGCUACUUCGAAAGCGACGGAACAACCACAGAAGUUCCAAUUCUGCAAGUUUCGCUUGCAAAGAAAUUAAUAGCGGGCUUGGCUGGUUAUCCGGAUGCAUGCCUUAGGUUGCGUCUGACUGAUGGAGCUUUUCACUAUUCUGGUUUGUUUGUCGUCAAAGGUCUAGAAGCACAGUGCGAUCGCGACAAUCUGGUAGGGAAUGCCGAGAAUGGUGGAGAAAUAAUCGCGGUUACCAAGAUGUACAUCAACCCCAACGGCUGCGUUGGAAAGAAUGACAAAAGUCCAGGGAAACCUAUGCUGAUGAUAACUGGAUACGAACUGCUCUCAAGAGGUCAUCCUAUACUUUCACCGGGAGUGAGCCAUGAUGGCGAUAAGAAUAAGUUCACAAACUUUAAACCUACGCAAGUAUAUUCUGUACCUUGGGGUGAUCCAAGCUCCACCGGUAAGGGCGCUACUCCAGCAGCUUCUCGACCAACCGCUCCUCGACGACCACAAGCGCAGAGCUUUGGUGGCGGGAAUGUCACGCCCAUCAGCAUGAUCACCCCUUACAUCAGCAAAUGGCGUAUCUGUGGACUUUGCACGGCUAAGGAUGAACUGAAGACAACCAAAUCACGAACUGGAACUGGAGAUAUGAAGGUAUUUAGCUUCGAAAUAACCGACAAAGAUGGAGUCGCGAUUCGCAUCACCGGAUUCAAUGAUGCGGCUGAAAGGGCAUACAGCAUCAUCCAAACAGAUUGUUCCUACUAUAUAUCCGGUUGUACCGUGAAACAAGCAAACAAGCGUUUCAAUACUACUGGACAUGAUUACGAGCUAUCUAUCAACGCGAAUACAGAAAUCACUCCUUGCCACGAUCAAAUUCCGAAGCCAGCACUUGUGUUGAAAAUCUGUCCACUGGCGAAUGUGCCCAGUCACAAGGAUGAAAAUAUUGAUGUACUCGCAGUCGUUGAUCAAAUACAACCAGUAAAUAAGUUUAUCUCGAGGCAAGGACGAGAAUGCGUCAAGCGGGACAUAAAUCUGAUAGAUCAAUCUCAGACAGUGGUCCAAUUAACGCUGUGGGGUGAGCAAGCUGAAAAUUUUGAAGAUCACGCACUUGGUCAGGUAAUUUCGAUCAAGGGAGCUCUGGUGAAAGAAUGGAACGGAGCAUUUAGCCUGGGAGUAGCGUCAGCAUCGAAGAUUGAACUAAGCCCGCAACUGGAUGAAGUACCAGCUUUGUAUGAAUGGUAUACUAGCGAACGAGGAUCGGUCGAUGCCAAGACGAUCAGCAUGGCUGCUGGAGGGGGAGGCGAUGCAUUCGGACGAGAUGUACGUUUCAUCGGAACUGCGACUGCACUACAGCUUGGAAACGAGGCUGCGCUUGCCAACGGACGAUAUAUGAACCUCAAGGCAAUGAUCACCACAAUCAAGACGGAUACGGCUCUGUAUCAAAGUUGUUCAAACGAAGGGUGUUCAAAGAAAGUUGUGCAGUUGGGAGCUGACCAGUAUAGAUGUGAGAAGUGUGACUCUUCAAGUGACACCUUCAAAUGGGCAUAUAUGGUCCAGGCUGAGCUCACUGAUUUGAGUGGGUCCCUUUGGGUAACAAUGUUUUCUAACGCUGCUACGAAAGUAUUUGGCAUGGAGGCGCAGAAGUUGGGGGAAAUGAAAGAGGUUGAUAAAGAAGCUUAUGAUAGAGUCCUAACAAGCGUAUGUUUCAAAUACUUCAAUUGGAGGAUAAACGCCAAAACUAAUACAUACAAUGAAGAGACUCGGAUGCGAUAUUCCGUUCUUGGAUGUGAUCCUGUACCAUAUGAUCGUUACAUUGCACAGCUGGAACUGACACUAGAGAAAUUAGAACAAUUGGAAUGCUAAGAAAUUCUUGAACUUUUUUUAACGGAAGGACUUGAUCACAAGAAUUUUCUCCUCGUAAAGGCUUAAAGAAGUUAUCUGGCAGAUUGGUGGCGAGGCUCCCAUUUCUGCGUUCAUUGUUUUUUUGUGAGGUAAAGUAGUACAAUUAGCCUGUUAAGACAUCUCUCUGCUGAUUUCUGUUACUUUAUAUUACCUAGAAACACAACUGUCUUACGCUUUCUUCGCUUGAUUUGUCAGAUAACUUCAUGAACGUCUGAAACUC